CGCGGCGGCCCGGUCUCUGGCCCUCCGCUCGCAGAACCAUGGUCCCGCCGCCGCCGCCGCUACCUCCGCCUCUCUGCACGUUACCGCCGGGCCCCGGGCCCCCGCGCUUUAUAUGCUACUGCGAGAAGGAGGAAGCUGGGGCCAGCGGCCGAGGCGGCUUCAGCCUCUAUGUGACGGACGGCGCGGCGCUCUGGAGCACCUGCUUUACGCCGGACGGCCUGGCGGCCCUCAAAGCCCGUUUUGGCCUGAGUGCGGCAGAGGACGUCACUCCCCGCUUCAGGGCAGCCUUCAAGCAGCAAGCGGUGGCGUUCACGCUGCAGGAGGACGGAGCGUCCCUGACCCUCGCUGGCGGGCCCUCCGCGCUGGGCUUCGAGCUGUCCAAAGUGCCGGACCCAGAGGCAGCCUCCAGGCUGCAGGCGCUGACCCUGGGCCUGGCGGAGCGCGUGUGCAGCUUGGAGCGGCAGCUGGCAUGUAGGACCAGGGGCGGGCACCCGCAGCCUCCCUGGGGUCCCCCUGCCCAGGCCUUCAUUCCCGGCUCUUGUCCCCAGCUGUGGAGGAGACGGCCGCCAGCCCCAGGAAGAGCGCUCGGCCAGCGGGGCCCCCAGAGUUCUUACCAGAUCCAGAUUCUCAGAGAGGCUGCCCUGGACCUGGGGUCAGGAGGCGGUGUCCUGGAGAGUCCCUCAUCAACCCUGGCUUCAAAAGUAAGAAACCAGCCAGUGGUGUGGAUUUUGAUGACCUCUGACCGUGCAGCACAAGGUGUGGCCCCGCCAGAAGCUUGCCUGUGAGAGGGGGGCGGCCCCCGAGACCCCACGUCAUGCACCCGCCCA